CUGACACAGAAUGAACUCUUGUUUUAUUAAGUUCAGUGACCUAAAGAGAUUUACUGUGAGUUCUUUUUGACGAGGGUUGCGGCUUUAACGAGGUUGUGAUGUGCUCUUCGUGGUGCUGUGCACGUCAGUGAGGUACAAAACACAAUAUCUAUGUUUACGUUCAUGUGUUCAGGGAGCUGUGAAAAGUGAAUGUUUGCUGCUCCAUGUGCAGCGCUCGCUUCAGGAAAACUCUUGUUGUUAUUUUCUGCUUCAAAUGUUGAAAUUUUUCUUUUCUAAUAAUGAAAUGAAGUACGGAAGCCCUGAGAGGCCAGCGAGGGAAAACAUAGUCUGCUCAUCCAUUUUCUAAUUCUGAUUUAAUUGUCCUGUGUUUAUAACUUAAGAACAGGUAAUAGAAAGUUUUGCCAGGAUAUUCUUGUAUAUUAUAUUAUGUUAGCAAGUUAUGUAACAUUACAUAACUUGCUAACAUAAUAUAUGAACCACAUGAGCAUUAUAACAAACACUUAGAAACACUAUCCUUACAAAACUUUUCUUUUAAUCUGAAAAUAUGAAGAAAUAUUUGAUUUUGUAUCAUUUUAUUUAUAGUCCCCUCGUUUAAUAUUACGAAGCUGCAUACAAACAUUUAAUCACUAAUUUAGGCAGAUAGAAGUUUUCUUUAAUAAUGUACAGUAACUGUCAGCAGUUAUAACGUCUCUUAUGAAAACAUAUUUUAUAUUAUUAUUCUCUCGGUAUCUGCACCCUCUGCUCAACGAGGAGUUAUAGCUGUUUACAAAUAUAGUAAUAAACACUUAUGUAUACAUUAUAAUGUGUUAUUAACGUGUUAUAUGUUUGUUUACUGCUUAAAUAUGGGGACUUAAAGUGACCACACGGUGUCAGCAGAGGACUUCUGUCUGCAAACAUCUCUGAUCAUUAAGUCAAAAUCUUUAAACUAAAACACGUUUGCUCACAUUUCCAUCACAAGCACGUGAAAAGCAGAUUAAUUAUAUUGUUCUGUUGUUAAAUCUCACAAUAAUACUGUUUAUUUUCUUGUUUUCUUUUUUAACGUACUUUCUGAAACACUUUUAAAAAGUGAGCUGGGCGGAUUAUGAGACGAUGGACCCCACCUCCUGCUUCUGAGACUAUAGAUGUUUAGCCUCUUUUGAGUCUGGAUCUGAACUGCAGCAGCUCGCUUCCCGUCCCACACGAGGACUGCGGACCACCUGAGACCGAGCAGACAUCGUUGAUGGGAGAUUUAUGAGGCAAGCGGUCAAAGGAUGAUGGUAUUUCAGGAGCUCACUGGUCUCUUAGUUCCUCAUGGCCAUAAAAGAGGAACCUUCAAAUCCUCGUCCAGGCAGAUAUAAACCCCCCCAGAUGUGACUUUUCCUUUAGUCUGUGUCCCUCACUGUGUCCCGGUCCUUCCGUCAGUCCCUGCCGUCCUCCUCGUCGUCUCUGCAGAGUGAAACUAAAAAGAAGCCAAGAUGUCUGAUGGAAAGAAGAUGUCAUCGAGCCGCAGGCAUCAUCUCAAGAGUGUGAUCCUGCAGAUCGCUGCGAGCUGGCUGGAGCAGGAAGUUAUCGAUAUCGCAGCCGCCAAAGCUGCUUAUAUUGCGGAGAAAUGCGUCCUCCCCGACCUGAGCGGAGACCAAGCGUCUCUGAUGGAAAUCUGCAAAAAGCUGCACCAGAAGAUCGACCAGAUCGACGAGGAAAGAUACGACAACGAGUCCAAAGUGACGAAGUCUGACAAAGAGAUUGACGAUCUGAAGAUUAAGGUGGUGGAGCUCGCUGGAGUGAAGAAGCCUGCCCUGAAGAAAGUGCGUAUGUCUGCAGACUCCAUGCUGCAGGCUCUGCUGGGGGGAAAGCACAAGGUGACCAUGGACCUGAGGGCCAACCUGAAGCAGGUCAAGAAGGAGGUCAAGGAGGAGGCCGGCGAGGCGGUGGGUGACUGGCGUAAGAACGUUGAGGGCAAAGCCGACAGGAAGAAAAUGUUCGAGACUUCCUAAAGACUUUCACUUCCCGCGCGACAACUCUUUGUUACUUCUCACCCUUUCGCUGGAAUUUAAAAAACUCGUGCCAUUAAAUUAUUUUUUGGAAGAAGGCAA